AUGUGGCCCAUGUUUUCUGUAUAUUAUUAUUACUAUUAUUUUUUUUCCAGACAAACAAGUGUCGAUAUUUCCGGGGGUGGGAGAAGCGGUACCACAGUCACCGCCGGCCACCAGGGAACCAUCCUGGACAAAAAUGGGUACCGCCUCGACGGCGGGGCUUUCGCCUCGAAACAGUUCCACCCAAAUGGUCCUGCGACCAUUGGGGGCCAACUGGGAUACACCCAUACUCCCUCAGGAUCGAACCUAAACCUUGGUGCUUCGCACACCCAAAAAUAUGGUACCGAUCUUAACCUCCAAGGAGUGGGGAACUUAUGGAGAAAUGGCAACUCUCGUUUGGACGCAGUUGGCAACUAUGGACGGCAUUAUGGGGGCCCUGGGGGCACCGGGAGGCCCAAUUAUUACGGGGGGCUGCAGUUUAACCACCGAUUCUGAAUUUAUUUAUUUAUUUAGUUAAUAUAAGAAUGCCAUAAAACAAAGUGUCAUAAAAGAGGCAAUAAAGUAAAUACUACUAAUUUUA